AUGGCCACCACCACGCUCACCACCACCAUCCGGAAGAAGGAUGCGAAUCUUGCUCCCGAAAAUGAGCGCUUCCUGCGCUGUUGCGCCGAGGUCGCAGGCGCUCUCAUCGAGGACUACGAAUCUUCAAAGGAUCCCAAGAAGCCAAAGCGGGAUAUCAACCUGAACAGCAUCCGGUCCAAGCUUGCCAGGAAAAACAAGCUCGCCAACUUGCCGUCGUUGACAGCCAUCAUUGCUGCCGUUCCGGAGCACUACAAGAAAUACAUACUGCCCAAGCUGAUCGCAAAGCCCAUCCGAUCCGCCUCGGGGAUUGCCGUCGUCGCUGUCAUGUGCAAGCCCCAUAGAUGCCCUCACAUUGCAUACACCGGAAACAUCUGCGUCUACUGUCCUGGCGGCCCCGACUCCGACUUCGAGUAUAGCACGCAGUCCUACACCGGCUACGAGCCCACCUCCAUGCGAGCAAUCCGCGCCCGAUACGACCCCUUUGAGCAGGCUCGUGGCCGCGUUGACCAGAUCAAGUCCAUGGGCCACUCCGUCGACAAGGUAGAAUACAUCAUCAUGGGUGGCACAUUCAUGUCUCUGGCCCCGUCGUACCGGGAGGAGUUCAUCGCUCAACUACAUAAUGCACUAAGUGGCUACCAAACAACAAACGUCGACGAGGCCGUAGAAGCGGGAGAGAUGAGCAAUAACAAGUGCGUGGGAAUCACCAUCGAGACGCGGCCAGAUUAUUGUUUGCAACCACAUCUGACGGAUAUGCUGCGCUACGGUUGCACGCGGCUCGAGAUUGGUGUCCAGUCACUAUAUGAGGACGUCGCCAGGGAUUCAAACAGAGGUCACACCGUCGCCUCCGUCGCUGAGACCUUCUGUCUGGCCAAGGAUGCCGGCUUCAAAGUUGUCUCGCACAUGAUGCCCGACUUACCAAAUGUAGGCAUGGAGCGCGAUAUCGACCAGUUCAAGGAGUAUUUUGAGAAUCCCGCCUUCCGCACAGACGGCCUGAAAAUAUACCCUACCCUAGUCAUUCGCGGCACAGGUCUCUACGAGUUAUGGCGGACAGGGAGAUACCAGAAUUAUACCCCCAACGCCCUCAUAGAUCUUGUGGCAAGGAUAUUGGCUUUGGUUCCCCCGUGGACCCGUAUUUACCGAGUCCAGCGAGACAUUCCAAUGCCACUUGUUACAUCCGGCGUCGAAAACGGUAACCUGAGAGAGCUGGCACUGGCCCGCAUGAAGGACUUUGGUACUACAUGUCGCGAUGUACGUACCCGCGAGGUCGGUAUCAAUGAAGUAAAGAACAAGAUACGACCAAACCAAGUCGAACUUGUCCGCCGUGACUAUACAGCAAACAGCGGCUGGGAGACUUUCCUGGCAUAUGAGGAUCCGAAGCAAGAUAUUCUGCUGGGCCUGUUGCGGCUGCGAAAGUGCACUGAAAAAUACACUUAUCGCCAAGAGCUUACAGGUCAGCAAACCAGCAUGGUAAGAGAAUUGCACGUCUACGGCACAGCUGUACCCGUGCACGCGCGCGAUCCCAAGAAAUUUCAGCACCAGGGAUAUGGUACUCUUCUCAUGGAGGAAGCUGAGCGCAUUGCGAGAGACGAACAUGGUAGCGACAAGAUCAGCGUCAUUAGCGGAGUAGGCGUCAGAAGCUAUUACAAGAAGCUAGGCUAUUGGCUCGAUGGUCCCUAUAUGAGCAAAUGGCUUGACGGCAGAAAGCAGGAAGACAUUUGA